AUGUCACAAGAAGUAAUUGGUAAAUUACAAGAACCCAUGCCACAAUAUGUGAUGGGUCUCAUUCCUGUAAUUGUAACAUUGGGGGCAGCCCCAUUUGGAUCUUUGAUAGAUAAACUAACCUGGAUUUUCAAAUGCAUUUCCACACCUUAUAUGGGUCUUUUUUAUUACUUGAACAUAAAAGAUGACCCGGUGGAAAUGUGUAUAUAUUGGCUCCCAGAAGAAUAUUUUAUUACAACAAAUGGAAGAAUACUUGACUUACAACCAGUUGGCCUUCAUGCCAAAGACAUGCUGAUUACUUCGGAGCAAAAGAAAAUUCUUAAAAACUGCACAGCAAAAGCAUCUGUGUUGGAUCGUUUGUCCUCAUUGGCAUCUGGAUAUUAUAUAACUGUUGGAAUAAUUUUAGGAAUUUUCAGUAUGGCGGGACAAUGUAUUAAUGGCAAUUGGUCCUUUUUAACUGGAGCUUUUUUAUGGA